CCUGUGCGCCGGUUCGCCGGUCGGUUUGCAGCUGGGAAAAGGGGAACCAACUGGCGGAGGCAGCAUCGGUGGUACGGUGCUAUGGACCUCAGGGACAAUGUCGAGACAGGGGAGACGGAAAACCACCCGGAGUUUUUCUACGUGCCGAUUCCAGAUGAAGCACCGUGCAAGAGGGAGCAGGAAAAGCUGUCAGGGGUCGUGAAAAACGUCCACAGAAAACUGCGCAGGAAAUACAGAGAGGUGGGAGACUUCGACAAGAUCUGGCGCGAGCACUGUGAGGAUGAGCAGACGCUGAGUGAGUACGCCCUCGCCAUGAAGAACCUUGCUGACAACCACUGGACCAAAAACUGCGAAGGAGAGGGACGCAUCGAAUGGUGUCGCAGUGUCUGUCAGGAAUACUUUUUGGAUGGCGGGAUGAAAAGAAUGUUAGAGAAGGAUGAGAAAAGUGCCACGCUUGGCAGGGGUCUGACUGCAGCAUCUGUAAGUGCCCAAACGUACAGCACCAUCCCCAGUUCCAUCUCUCAGCUGGGAAAAAUGCGCCUUCUUGACGUGGGAAGCUGCUUCAACCCUUUCUUGAAGUUUGAUGAAUUCCUUACAGUUGGUAUUGACAUAGUGCCUGCAGUUGAGAGUGUGUACAAGUGCGACUUCCUCAACCUUCAGCUCCAGCAGCCUCUGCAGCUGGCCCGUGACGCGGUAGAGGCCUUCCUCCGCCAGCUCCACAACCCCAUCGACACUCUGCCUGCCCAGCUUUUCCACGUGGUGGUCUUCUCCCUGCUCCUGUCCUACUUCCCUUCCCCAUACCAGCGCUGGAUCUGCUGUAAGAAGGCCCAUGAGCUGCUGGAGCUGCACGGCCUGCUGCUCAUCAUCACGCCCGACUCCUCCCACCAAAACCGCCACGCCCUCAUGAUGCGCAGCUGGCGCGUCGCGGUGGAGUCGCUCGGCUUCAAGCGCUACAAAUACGUCAAAUACUCCCACAUGCAUCUCAUCGCCUUCCGUAAGGUGUGUCUGGCCACCACCAGCGACCUGGUGUCACGAAACUACCCUGAGAUGCUCUACAUCCCUCAGGACUUCCACUCCAAUGAGGAGGAAGAGUGUGCCGACGUGCCCGUGCAGGUGCGCUCCGAGUUUGAGGAUGACCAGCUGGCUUGGGGCUUCACGGAGCUACCUGACACGCCCUAUGAUUCAGAUUCCGGGGAGAGCCAGGGCAGCUCGGUGCCUGGCUUCCACGAGCUAGAAGACCCCAUCCUGCUUCAGAGCUAGGCUUAACCAGCCCCCCCCCCUUUUCUCUACGUAACUGUCACCUCCCCUUCAACUGCUGCGCUGCCAAAUUUAACCUGCUGCAUUCUUCUCCCACUUCUCCUCCCUCUCCUCAAAUUAAUGCAGUUUGCACAGUGUGAAAGAGAGAAGUUUACAGAUUAUUUUCUCAUAUCCACUCUCCUCUGAGAGUACACACACAUACACACACAGAUAUACACAUACCACACACUAAGAUGGAUAUAUUUUGAUAAAUGUCUAGGUUUUUUAAGAGUUGGAAAGCAAAUGCCCUUGAGAUAUCUGAACUCCCUUCUCCUCGAUUUCCACCCCAUCUUCCAAUCAGCUCUCAAUAACAAAAGUCAGCUUGUCUACAUUCUGUACUCAGUCUCUGUUUGAAUAAGCUAGUGUGGCAGGCUGCUUAGUACAAAAGACAAAUACAGCAACACGAGCAGUGUGACAGGAGUUUGAUUGCACUGGAGAGACUGAGAUGGAAUGACUGGGCCGGUACGCUUGCUUGUGUCACAGUCAUGCAGCUAGAUUUUCUGAAAAUUCUUGAUGUGCAUUUAGUUUUCCAAGACAAAAAAAUGAAUAUCAUUGUUUUGAAAUAUAUAUUCAGUCAAAACAUUGGUGUUGUCCAGUGUUAAGUGUGGCAAUGCCAUUUUAAUUUGGCAUCCUCUGAAUGAUUUGUGUAUCUUUUACAAGAAAGUGGUAUUUGUAGCAUUUUAAACAUUUUCAGAACCAUACGGUAGGAGUAUUAUUAGGUUUACUAAUGUGAAACUGUAACUGUGUUGACUCAUUGUAAAAAGGUACGAGUAUUUCAGAGUAGGUAUUACACUUUUUUCCUCCUCUCGUUGUCCUCACAAAUAUUAAUACAGAAUUAUCUCCUGUUUGAUUUCCAAUACAUUUUUGCUCUCGAGCAAAGAAAUAAUACGCUGCAAGUCAGUGACCCAUAACAAAUGGACUUUACAGCACCAGUAUCCUUUGACGCAAUUUUGUAACUUUGAUGUGAAAAUACAAUUAGGUGCUCUGCCUCCAAAAAGAUCCAGAUCUGAGCUCCUCACAGUCAGAAAAUUCACCUUGACAGAAGAGAUUUGCACUAACUUCCUGUUUUGUCAUACAGAACCUCUGAAAAGGUGAGAAACUGUAGAUUUUAGCAAUAGCAAGCGAGACCAGAUCUGAAGAUCCUUAAUCCCGCGGGGGUUAGCUAAAGACACUACCAGACGAAAUGUUAGUGUGUGUUCCUGCCUGUCCCUGAACAGGCGAAAUGUGUGGGUGUGGUUGGGUUUGUCAGUGUGAAUGAAGGAAUGAAUUUGCGUUGAAGUGUUUCUUGUCAGUGGCACUUUAUCAUUGAUCCCAAAGGGUGUCACAAAAUGUAGUUAUUUUCCUAUGAUGACAGUUUUACAACCAAUAUGAUGGGCCCAAAAGUAAGUCUAAGGUGCCUUCUUUGUUCACAUUCACUGUACGUUUCGCAGCAGACUUUCAUGCCCCUGGAGAAAAUGAAACCCAUACCUUUUAACGAAAAGAUAUCAAGCUUCUUUGGUCAAGCAGUACAUACAAAUGUCCGGUUCUCUUUUAUUAUAUUAAUGGAUAACAAGAAACAUUUCCAGUGUUGAUGUAAAGCAUUGUGUUGUUGCCAUUCCCAUAUCAUUUUCCAGUUAAUGCACAUCUCUCUGCUGAUAUCUCCUCUCUUACUCAGUACCACACAUACUCAGACUUUGAAGAAGCGUUUUUUGUGAUUUAUUGGUGCAUUUGUCUUCCAGUGUUUCUUUUGGUCCAUUUGCAUGAGAUGGUUCAUCUUCAUCAUCAACAUUUUCAACAAUGCAGAACAACGUGUGCUUCUAGUAUGGUUGUAUUUCUCUUUUAUAAAUGAAU